GUUGCACCAGAUCGGAGUACUCAAGGAUUUCCCUUGGCGAUCUCCAUCUCCCUCUCCCAUGGCAGAACCGACGCCGCCGCCGCCGUCGCAGUCGCCGCCUCCAACGCAGCAGCAGCCGCAGACGCCCGCGGCGUCCACGCGCGACGACAUGAUGGCGUGCGUGGCUGCGCUGGAGGCGGCGCUCCUGCCGUGCCUCCCCGCACGCGAGCUGCAGGCCGUCGACCGCUCCCUCCAGUCCUCCCACCAGAUUGAUGUCGAGAGGCACGCGAGGGAUUUCAUGGAGGCUGCCAAGAAGCUUCAGUCUUACUUCAUCAGCCUGCAGCGCGAGGACCAGCCAACGAAUGAAGACACGCUUCGGAAGGAGAUUACUAAAAUGGAGGAAGAACUGAAGACCAAGUCUGAGCUCAUUGCCAAGCAUAAGAGUCUCAUCGAGGGGUGGCAGAAAGAACUAAAGGACCAGCUGGGCAAGCACAAUACCGAGCUCGAAAGAGUGUGAUUCCAGCAUGUACAUUACCUAUUUCGCCCACAAUGACCAUGAACCUUACCCUAGAUGGCUGAAUGUUAAGUACCUGUGAAAAUUGUGUCUGUCAAGAGAGCGAAUCAACUUAGGUUUAGGAUCUAACCAGUCAAUUGUUCUUCAGUGUCUUGUUUUAAAUUAGAGCGAACAAAUUAUCAUGUACUGACACACAUGCUCGUGUGUGUGUGCGCCUGUGAUUUAAGGCUUAUAGCUGAGGGUCCUCACAA